AAAGGGCUUAGGAGGGAAGUCUCUGGGAAAGAUGUUUGACUCUCUCUCUUCUCCUUCUUCUUCUUCGAUCUUCACACGCUAAAUUCCUCUUCUCAUCCUCAUUCCCCUCUUUUCUAUUCCAUAUAUUUCCUCUCUUUCUCCUCCCAUUUUCUCCAUAUCUUCUUCCCUUUUUUUUUUCUCUCACUUUCUAGGAUUAUUUUUAAAACUUCAUCGUAAUUUGAAACUUUUGCUUUUUAUUGACGAUACACGUUGUUUUCUCAUCUGGGUUUGCAUCAGAAUCUUAAAUUUGAGGCUAGAUCUUGAGAUUUUUUCCCCCUUCCGUUUCGUUUGUGUGUUUUGUUUAGAAAUAUAAGAUUUUGAUUGAUUUUGAUCGUUGUUUGGCGUCGAAUUUUGAUACCCAUUUGAGCUUUUGAUUGAUUCAACGUUAUGGGUAAUUGCUGUGUAACCCCGAAAACUGACCAUGAAGAGAACAAGAAAAAACACAAGAAGAAACAGAAUCCGUUUUCAAUUGAUUAUGGGGCCAACUACCAGAACGGUGGCCAUAAACUCUCCGUUUUAAAGGAGCCAACGGGGCGGGAAAUUGAGCAGAGCUACUUGCUGGGACGGGAGCUGGGGCGUGGAGAAUUCGGUGUGACAUACUUGUGUACAGACAAAGAAAGUGGUGAGACAUUUGCAUGUAAAAGUAUUUCAAAGAAGAAGUUGAGGACUGCUGUUGAUAUAGAGGAUGUGAGGAGAGAAGUUGAGAUUAUGAAGCAAUUGCCAAAGCAUCCAAAUAUUGUUAGCUUAAAGGAUACUUAUGAGGAUGAUAAUGCAGUCCAUUUGGUGAUGGAGCUUUGUGAGGGAGGUGAAUUGUUUGAUAGGAUUGUGGCCAGAGGUCAUUACACAGAGAGGGCUGCGGCUGCGGUCACAAAGACUAUCGUGGAAGUUGUUCAGAUGUGCCACAAGCAUGGUGUAAUGCACCGGGAUCUCAAACCGGAGAACUUUUUAUUUGCAAACAAGAAGGAAACAUCUCCUUUGAAGGCAAUUGAUUUUGGACUCUCAGUUUUCUUUAGACCAGGUGAAAGAUUUACUGAGAUAGUUGGCAGUCCUUACUACAUGGCUCCUGAGGUGCUUAAAAGGAAUUAUGGCCCAGAAGUAGAUGUCUGGAGUGCUGGUGUUAUCCUAUACAUCUUACUUUGUGGUGUCCCACCUUUUUGGGCAGAAACUGAGCAGGGAGUUGCACAGGCAAUUAUUCGGUCUGUUAUAGAUUUUAAGAGGGAUCCUUGGCCUAAAGUUUCUGAUAAUGCAAAAGACCUCGUUAGGAAGAUGCUUGACCCAGAUCCGAAGAAACGGCUUACUGCUCAACAAGUGCUAGAACAUCCUUGGUUACAAAACGCAAAGAAGGCUCCAAAUGUUUCAUUAGGUGAAACCGUGAGAGCAAGGCUCAAGCAGUUCUCAGUAAUGAACAAACUCAAGAAAAGAGCUCUUAGGGUAAUUGCUGAGUUUUUGUCCGUGGAGGAAGUUGCUGGCAUAAAGGAGGGAUUCCAACUAAUGGAUACUUCAAAUAGGGGCAAGAUAAACAUUGAUGAGCUCAGAGUUGGGCUGCACAAGCUUGGCCAUCAGAUCCCUGAUGCAGAUCUUCAAAUUCUAAUGGAUGCUGGUGAUGUAGAUAAGGAUGGAUAUCUUGACUACGGCGAGUAUGUGGCCAUUUCUGUUCACCUAAGAAAGAUGGGUAAUGAUGAGCAUCUCCGCAAAUCCUUUGCAUUCUUUGAUCAAAACCAAAGCGGGUAUAUAGAGAUUGAGGAACUAAGAGAAGCCUUAGCUGAUGAAGUUGACAACAGCGAAGAAGUUAUUAACGCCAUUAUGCAUGAUGUUGACACGGAUAAGGAUGGGCGGAUAAGUUACGAUGAGUUCGCAGCAAUGAUGAAGGCUGGUACAGAUUGGAGAAAAGCAUCGAGACAGUAUUCACGAGAGCGGUUCAAUAGUCUGAGUUUGAAACUGAUGAGGGAUGGAUCAUUGCAGGUGAACAAUGAGGGUAGAUGAUGAUUCAACAAAGGUUAAAAUUUACUUAGUGGAUAUUGAAAUUUAAAGUUGAUUUUCAGAAUUCUUUUCCUUUUUUCUUAUGUUAUAUAUUUUUUUAUUUCUUUGGGAUUAAUUAGGAUUCCAGGUCCAGGGUGUUAAUGUCUUUCUGAAUUUCAAUGUUUAUUUUGUCAUUGUGAGAGUAAAAGGAAUGAGUGAAAGUUGAAGAGGUUGUUACUUUUGGUUGUAAAUAUUGUCAAAUUGACAUACUUAUUUUUAUCAAAGUCAUCAUCUGCCUUUUAUGGUUCUUUUGAUGAA